CAAUGUGUCAAGUCUGCCUGCCUGUGUGUGUGUAACAUUUUUUUGGCAAGGACAAGUGAAUCUAUAUUUGUACUUGUAUGGGAUCCAGGAGGCAGUGAGCUCACUGUAAUAUUUCAACAGGGAUUGUUUCCAAGUUAUCCUACGCUCCGUAUCUCUCUAUUUGCAGUGAUCAUUGGACCUUGGAGCUAUCAGGACUUAGGAGGGGAGGGCGGGGUAAACACCCAGAUCUCAAUAAUAACUGCACUAAUCAUUUCCCUUCCAGUAACUUUUUAAGCAGCCCCAGGCAUUAGCAUUUAACCAGCGCUGCAUGUCGGUGUCAAAGUCAGCUGAGCUGCCAACAUGAAGACGGGGACAUCCCUCAUCAGCAGGAUCCGCGCCGUCAUCUCCAUCCGCAACCGAUGGGCUCGGGAGGCCAUGGCUGAGCUGCUCUCCACCUUUGUUAUGAUGCUUUUUGGUUUGGGCUCAGUGGCGCAGGUGGUUCUGGGUAAGAAGGAAUACGGACAAUACCUCAGCAUUAACCUGUCUUUUGGAAUCGGUGUCACAAUGGGUAUCCACGUGGCCGGGGGAAUCACCGGAGCUCACAUGAACUGCGCCGUGUCAUUAACAAACUGCGUGUUGGGGAAACUUCCAUGGAUGAAACUUCCCCUGUACAUCUUGUCCCAGAUCGCUGGAUCCUUCCUGGCCGCCGUGGUGGUGUUCUGCCUAUACUACGAUGCCCUGCACGUCUACUGUGGUGGGAACUUCACUGUAACUGGAGAUUUGGAAACAGCCAGUAUAUUUGCCACCUACCCACAACCAUACCUAACCAUAGGAGGCGGAUUCCUGGACCAGGUGGUGGGAACAGCUGCGCUUUUGCUAUGUAUCUUGGCCAUAAAUGAUAAGAAGAACAGCCCGGCCCUCGGAGGCACGCAGGCCGUGGUGAUCGGGCUCCUGGUCACUGUUAUUGGAAUGUCUAUGGGCAUGAACUCCGGAUAUGCGAUCAACCCCGCCAGAGAUAUUGGGCCCCGCCUCUUCACAGCCGUUGCAGGGUGGGGGACGGAAGUGUUCAGGGCUGGAAACUACUGGUGCUGGAUACCUAUUGUGGCCCCUCUAGUGGGCGGACUGACCGGAGCCUUCCUGUACAAGUUGCUGGUGGGACUUCACCUUCAGACAGACCAAGAAGAGAAAAAGUUACAGGAGAUGGAAAAGGGGAACACAGAGAUGGUGAACUGUGAAUGCCUGUAAACUCUUGGACUAUAUAAGGAGAUUGGACCUACAGUCUCCACUCGCCUGGCACUGGUUCAAAUGUUGGACUCUGUAAGAGACACGAGCUGUAUAUAAGCAAGAUGAAUUGUAUAUAAUAACUGACCUGGAGGAGACGACAGACUAAAUCAAGACUGAUGUAAUAUUGUAUUAUUACGUUUUAUUUAUUUUAAAGCACUGCUGGAGCUUAGUCAACCAACCCAUGCUCUGGCAAUCUAGUUGGCAUUCCCAGAACUGAAGACACUUCGGCACCCCUUGUGGUAGAGAGCAAGUACUGCAUCUACUCAGCUUCAUGUACUGUAUUAAAGUGGGCACUGUCAUUUCUG